GGGCUUUCUGCUGCCGCUGGCCAGGACCUCCGUGGGUUGGGCUUGGUGGUUCCUGAAAGGAGACAUUUGAAACCUAAAGCUCCUCGUGACUGCGCGCUCCGCGCCGAGCGCGCGCCCGGCGCUUCCUCCUCCUCCUGCGUGGCCGCGCUAUCAGCGCCUCUGUCCGGUCACAUGACUGACGGCUCACCGGGAGCGAGGAGAGCGGGCGGAGAGCUUCUGCAGGACGGUCUGUUCUUCACUGCGUGCCCGUACCUGGACCCGGAGGGAACCAUGUCUGUGGUCAAGCUGGAGGAGUGGCGGCAGCGGAUUGUUAAGGAGCUGGACGACACAGUAGCCUUCUGGCUCAAGUACUCUCACGACACAACACACGGAGGCUUCUUCACUUGUCUCGGGAGGGAUGGGACGGUGUACGACGAGCUGAAGUAUGUCUGGCUGCAGGGCAGACAGGUGUGGAUGUAUUGCCGCCUGUAUCGAACCAUGGAGCGCUUCCGCAGGCCUGAAAUCCUGGAAGCAGCUAAAGCCGGAGGAGCUUUCCUGAGAAGGUUCGCUCGUGUCUCCAGCGGCCAGUGGAAAUGUGCCUUCUGCUUAACAAGAGAUGGUAAAGCAGUGAAGAUUCAGAGGACUGUAUUCAGUGAGUGUUUCUACCUCCUGGCCAUGGAUGAACUGAGCCGGGUCACCGCUGAUGAAGGCAUGCAGCUCGAGGCGGAGCAGAUGAUGGAGCAGUUGAUCCACUGGGUUCGGGUGGACUCGUCAGGCCUGGGCCGCCCACAGCUUCCCGGAGACUUUCCCACCAACAGCAUGGCGGUGCCCAUGAUGCUGCUGUGUCUGGUGCAUCAGCUGAGCGAAGGCCGAGGUCAGGAGGUGGCUCACAAGUACAGCGAGCUGACCGGCUGGUGUGUACAGCAGAUUCUACAACAUGUCCAGAGAGACGGCACCGCUGUUCUAGAGAACGUGUCCCUGCAGGGCGGCGAGCUGCCAGGCUGCCUGGGCCGGCUGCAGAACCCAGGUCAUGCCCUGGAAGCAGGCUGGUUCCUGCUUCAGCUCAGCGCACAGCAGCAGGACAGCGAGCUCCAGAGGACCGCCAUCAACAAGUUUGUGGAGCUGCCGUUUCAGUCCGGCUGGGACAACGGACACGGCGGCCUCUUCUACUUCCUGGAUGUGGAUGGUCACUGCCCCACACAGUUGGAGUGGAAUAUGAAGCUGUGGUGGCCCCACUGUGAGGCUCUCAUCGCCUUCCUGAUGGCCUACAGUCAAACCAAGAAGCCAGAGCUGCUGCAGAGAUUCUCCCAAGUUUACGAAUACACCUUCAAUCAUUUCCCUGAUGCUGACAGCGGGGAGUGGUUUGGCUAUUUGACUCAAGAAGGGAAACCGGCCCUGGAUCUGAAGGGAGGCCCCUUUAAAGGGUUCUUCCAUGUGCCUCGCUGCCUGUACAUGUGCGAGCUUAUGCUGGAUGAUCUUCUGGCAAACCGGGACUGAGCGUUCUGACGUCUACGCUGCGAUGAUGAUUCUGCUUACUAAUCAAUAACCAGUUUUAUAAAGGAAAUUGCAAUCCGUUUUGAAUAAUUUAAGAAAUGUUUCGUGCUGGGACCACACGUGCCCGACAUCUUGCUUUCAAGUGCCUGACAAGAUCUUUUACCAUUCAGUUUCUAGUUUUAAUGUUCUUGUUGUCUUAGAACUCAGUCACAACAUUCAGGGGACAUCAAUUCAGGAUUUGUCCUUCGUCUCCUGCGGAGCUGACAAGGGACCCAAGAAGAACUUACAAAGCCGUCACACGAAGAAGUGUCCGUCUCUCCCUCAUCAGACAUGCAACACUUUAAAGACAACACCUGUAUUGUAUUUUAUUUACCUUGGCAUUGAUCUUUACACCCUUUUCAUUCGUGUUCACACAGCUAAUGUAGCAUACCAAUGGCAUCAUAAUGUGACCUAAUAAAUGGGAUCAUAGCAAAGCUUUCA